UGUCUAACCAGUUCGUGAGUACUUCUAUUCUUCUUCGACUCGGCUUGAAUCUCUUCAUGUUCAACAUUUUCAUCCUUCACCCAUUACCAACAAAUGCAGUCACUUACAAUGUCCAAAAUUUUGGAGCGAAACCUGAUGGAGGAAAAACAUCAUCCACGAAAUCACUACUCAAAGCAUGGGAUAUUGCUUGUAAAUCAGUCAAACCUUCAACGAUUUACGUUCCUCCUGGAACGUAUUUGAUUAACCAAGUAGUAUUCCGUGGUCCAUGUAAAAGUAAAAUCACAUUUCAAAUUGAUGGUACACUAGUUGCACCAACGAAUUAUUACGGUGUCGGUAACACUGGUAGCUGGAUACUUUUCAAUUCUGUCACCGGGCUGACAGUUCUCGGUGGGACUACUGACGCUCAUGGUUCUGGAUACUGGGCAUGUAAACGUUCUGGCCGGAAUUGCCCCCAAGGUGCUAGGUCGAUGUUGUUUACUGGUUCAAAAAAUAUCGUAAUCAAUGGUUUAACAUCAAUUGACAGCCAGCAAGCUCACCUCUCCUUCAAUGGGUGCGACAAUGUGAUGAUGAAAAAUUUGAAGAUUAUCGCACCUGAAGAUAGCCCAAACACAGACGGUAUCCACGUACAAAUGUCGAAUGAUGUAACCAUCACAGAUUCUAGUAUCCAAACUGGUGAUGAUUGUGUAUCAAUCGGUCCAGGGACUAAAACCAUACUGAUCAAACGCAUAGAAUGUGGACCUGGCCAUGGUAUAAGUAUUGGGAGUUUGGCGAGGGACUUGAACGAAGAAGGGGUGCAAGAUAUUACAGUGAAAAACGUAACAUUCAACAAAUCACAAAACGGUUUAAGGAUCAAAACAUGGGCAAGACCAAGCAAUGGUUUUGUAAAAAACGUUCUUUAUCAGAAUAUUGUAAUGAAUGAUGUCCUGAACCCUAUUAUCAUUGAUCAAAACUACUGUCCUGGAGAUAAAGGGUGCCCCAAUCAGAACUCGGGUGUCAAAAUCAGUGGAGUGACAUACCAAAAUAUUCGAGGAACAUCAGCAUCACCUGUUGCUAUAAAAUUCGGAUGCAGCUCUACAACCCCAUGCAGCGGGAUCAAGUUGCAGAACGUAAAGCUCACCAACUUUGAUCAUAAACCGGCGCAAUCUGUGUGUUUAAAUGCUGGUGGAACAGCUCUAGGAUUAGUCAGUCCAAGAAGCUGUUUGUAAUCUUAUUUUUGUAUAUGAU